AUGCCAGCCCUUGAUGUGAGCGAGCUAAAUGUGGUAAUUUCAGCACUAGGUAUCUCCAAAACAAGUGCUGUUCUUCUUUUGUGUGCGCCGACUGACACGCUAGGCGGGUUCAUGGUUCUCUACGGUGUGAUUUCCGUUAAAAUCAAGAAUGUGUGGUACUUGGGAGAAGCAUUACCAGCAGUUCUUGUCGGCAUCAUAUUGGGCCCGAUGUGCGCAAAGUUCCUCGAUGCCACCGAAUGGGGAGCAGCAGUCAAGGGCCAGCAGGAGGCUAUCACACUUGGCAUGUGCCGAGUCGUGAUUGGAAUUCAACUGGUUAUUGCAGGCUACCAAUUACCUGCGAAAUACCAACUCAAACGAUGGAAGGAGAUGUUCAUUUGCCUCAUCCCGGGGAUGACACUAAUGUGGCUACUUACGUCUGGUUGUAUCAUGGCAUCCGUUCCGAAUAUGACAUUCGUAAGGGUGACCCGAUCCCUACGCAAAGGUCCAACAAUCGCUAACCGCAAGAAGCUCUCUGCUCUAGUCAUUGGCUCCUGUGUGACCUGCACCGACCCAAUCCUCUCACAAGCAUUGGCAAAAGGCCCCUUUGCAGACAAUGGGUCUGCUGAUACUGGAGCACACACAACAACAUUAGCAGAACGAGCGGGUGAAGUUGGUCGUCAAGGUGGAGGCGUGGGCAAGGCCAUGAGUAAAUGGGUGGUAGAGACAUGGCUCUACUACGUGCUGAUAGGCGCCGUGUAUGGGGCUGUUCUGGGGUACAUCAGUCUCCGCGUAUUACGAUUCGCACUAAGAAGGAAAUGGAUUGAUACGGAAAGCUAUCUCCUCUACCCUGCAGCUUUGGGGCUCUUUAUAAUCGGCACAUGUGGGUGCAUCGGAACCAAUGACCUCCUGGCAUGCUUUGCUGCGGGCAAUGCACUCAAUUGGGACGGGUCAUUUCUCGCAGAGACGGAAACACGGCAUGACGAGGUCAACCCUUGUAUCGAUGUUCUCCUGAAUUUCGGUGGAUUCAUGUACAUCGGGGCAAUAUUCCCGUGGGACGAAUUCAACCAGCCAGAGAUUACGGGGAUCACGUACCCCCGACUUGUCCUGCUGGGAUUUCUUGUUCUCCUACUCCGUCGCAUUCCCAGCAUGCUACUUCUGUAUAAGCUCAUGCCGCGGGUGUGCAAAAACUGGAAAGAGGCCCUGUUCAUGGGGUACUUCGGUCCAAUCGGCAUCGGUGCUGUGUUCUACGUCGAACAUACACGCCAUCUGUUUCCCAAGCCCACAGAAGGAGACGAGGAGGAAGCUCGGCUGACACUGGCUCUCGGACCUACUGUGUACUGGCUGGUUUUUUUCUCCAUUCUUGUUCACGGACUAUCGAUACCUGUCCUGAACGCCAUUUACAAAGUCAUGGGAGUUCCGCCUGUAGUAGAUCCAUCAGGACCUGCGGAAAUCCGGCCGUUGUCAGCGAACGAGCCUCUACCAAAGAACAGCUUCCUCAACUCUAAGCGUCGAUCGGUCAUGCUAUAUAACCGGUUCUCGCGCUCAAAUUACCCAGAGGACAUAGGCUGGGAUAUCCCUAGUGUUUAUGGGGAAGGACGGCGAGAACGGACGGAUCCUCCUGACCAGCCAACUUUCCAAUUACAGAACAUCAAUUCUCGGGGUUAG